GUUUAUUAUGCUGACAUACGUCUUUAUGUUGGCCUGGCUUGGCGUUACAGCUUUCACUUCUCUGCCUGUUUACAUGUACUUCAAUUUGUGGACCAUUUGCCGAAAUGCCACUGUAGUGGAUGGAGCUAAUCUCUGCUUGGAUCUUCGCCAGUAUGGUAUUGUAACUAUUGGAGAGGAAAAGAAGGUUUGCACCACAUCAGAAAGUUUCAUCAAGAUGUGUGACUCUAAUGAGCUAAACAUGACAUUCCACUUGUUCAUUGUGGCACUUGCUGGAGCUGGAGCAGCGGUCAUUGCUAUGGUGCAUUAUCUCAUGGUCUUGUCUGCCAACUGGGCCUAUGUGAAAGAUGCUUGCAGAAUGCAAAAAUAUGAGGAUAUUAAAUCAAAGGAGGAGCAAGAGCUUCAUGAUAUUCAUUCUACUCGCUCUAAAGAACGACUCAAUGCUUACACAUAAAAGAAACCUUGUCUUACUUUCUAACAUGUGAAUGCUUUGUUGUUUAACUAAAGGCCAUCCAACCAUUUUAAAAACAAUUGAAAGUGCUUCUCACAAAAGAUAGUUUGGGUGACUUACAUAUCACCUAUGUACAAUUCUUGGUUGUCUAGCACUUGGUUCCUUAAUUAGUUCUUACUUUGUGUGACCAAUCUCUAUCACAAAGCUCCCAAAUAGCCUUUCCUGAAUCCUUUUAAGCUAAUUAGUUCUGCUAGAUCAAGGAUACUAAACUAUUGUCAAAUACAAAUAUGUGUUUGAUUUUUUUAAUCACUUUGUAUGUGUUAUGCAUAACACCUUUUGCAUUGUUUCUUAUAUGUUUUUGGAAAAAGGUAGCUUUUUAUACUUUUUAGUUUUGAGUUCAAUAACUACUUUAACUACAGGUAUACUUCAAAGGGACCAUUGUACAUGAUGUACAAUAUAUAAAGAAAACACGGAUGACUUUCCUUUAUAUUUGGAAAACUUGCCAGAUGGACCUUGAUCAACUUGAAAGAAGGUCCUAAGAACGUUUUAAACAAUCAAAGGUGCAAUUUCUAAAUUUGUAAUAGUGGGUAAAAAAAAAAAAAAAGAAAAAAAAAGAGGAAAAAAAAUGAAUAAAAAAAAGAAAAAAGUGCUUCUUAUCUUUGUUAACAUUGUAUUAUUAUUGAUGUUUUUAAAGAAUAUUCUCUUGUUCCAAGUCCCAUUGGUGAUAAUUCCUGUUUGUAUUGUGAGCAUGCAGACCGUGGUGCUAACAAUGCAUGGCCACUUGCCUUUUGAAGGAAUUCAAUACCACGGCUACCUGUUAAAGAGUUAUGGUAUAUAGACAAUUGUUAAUUAAGUGAUAUAGUUAUCCAUAGUUUUUUACAGAAUGACUUGUCUUUAAUUCAAUGAAGGUUAUGCUAAAUUGGAGCUGUUCAUGUGAUGAUGUAAGAAAUUAAUGCUUAGCUACAUUUAUGAAAGUAAUAUAUCAAAAAUACAGUGACCAUAGGAGUCAGAUGUCUUUUUACCUGCUUUAAAAAUUUAUAUGGAUUGCACCUGUCUGAACUGUAAAAGAUAUAUUAAAGGAGACUUCCAUAAAUGUUAUAGCUUGGCUUCUAGCUUUCCUACACAUAUUUGUUUACCUGUAUUACGUUAAAGUAAGGUAAAAGACCACUACAGAGCUUAUUAUUUGAAAGUGUCCUAAUAUAUUUGUACCUUUAUUUUGAUAGGAAAAUGUUAUCAGAAAGAUAGGUCUUCUUAAUUUGAAAUAAUUACCUGUAUCAAAAACAGAACAAAAAACCCUAUUUAAGAAAAGUCAGUAUUACUGGACCAAAUUUGGUGGAUUUUUUUUUCUUUUUUUUGCCUAUUUCUAAUGCUACAAGAAUGCUGUAAAGUGUCUUUUAAAGUGAUGUAGCCUGACAAGACAUUUUUGUCAGUGUUAAAAAUCUUAGGUAGUUUUGUGCACUUAUUGGACCAUUGUGAAUUCUCUCAGUGUAAGUGCAUUUCUAAUAAAACUUCUUGAGUAAAACUCUUAUUUGUACUAUUACUAGUCAUGCAUCAUCAGUAAUUUUUAACAACUCUUGUAGUAAGUAGAGGGUAAUACUAUAGUUACUUGUGGCAUGAUAAUGCAUUAAGUAGUAUUAGUUGAUUGAAUUAUUUUCUUUUCUUUUGUUUGUUUUGGGGGUUUUUUGGUUGUGUUUUUGAUUUGGGGUUUUGCUUUUUUUCUUUUUACACUUAGGCUGUCCUACGCAGUCAACAGUUUUCUGAUAAUGUGCAGUACCGGUAUUACAGUCCUGCAAAAAGUAUUAGGAACCUCUUCUGGAUUCUAUAGUGUAGUGUUUCAGUUUUGUGUCUUAAAACGUUUGUGCUGAUUUUUAAAACUAUGUCUUUUAAACUUAUGUAAUGAUGUUAAUGCUUUUGGCUCUUCUCUGGUAUUAGAGUUUGUAUUUUCACAAAGAAUGCUUUGUAGCAGGCAUUACAAUUAAUCUGUUUUGUACAUAAAUGUGCCAACAGCUUGAUGGUGGCGUUUUUGAAAUGUAGAACAAAGUGCUUGCAAAAAUGUAAUAAACACACUUGUGUACUUUG